AUGAGGAUGAAGCGCGCAUUACAAGAAAAAGAAAUUCAAAAUAUCUUGCAAGAAGAUAUUCCUUCGGAUCCUGAAAGUUGUGUAGAGUCGGAUUCAGACUGUGGCUCAGAAUCAGACAUUGAUCAAGCCCCCGAAUGCACCCUUGGUAAUGACACUAUCGCUGUGCAGACAUUCAAUGACAACUUUGACUCGGAUGAUGAUAUACCUCUGGCUAAUUUUAUUGAUUUACUAAACGACAAAAUCUUGGCUUGUGGUACCGUAAAUGCUACUAGAAAACAUUUACCUACACUCAAAGAAGAUACUAAGUUAGAAAGGGGUGAACAUGACUAUCGAGUCAGUGACACAAAUGUGACUGUGAUGAAGAGGAAAGAUAAAAGGGCAGUCCACCUUUUAUCAAACUACCACGACCCACGAAAUGUCAGUACUGUUAUUCGCAAAGAGCGUAAUGGUGACUCAAACCAGAUAGCUUACCCUGACUUUGUAAAGGAUUAA